AAAUAUUACGACACAGUACUGUGUGAAAAUAUUCACAUGCUCCCUUCAAAUCAUAUAAAAGCCUGUCGUUUUCUGUAUCUGUAUUGCGACUGAAAUUGCUUCUAAACUGAGUGAAAGAUGCAGAUCGUGGUAUUUCUCACUGUCUUCGUUCUUGCGGUGUCUGGAACACCGACCAUCUAUCAACCAGCCAAAGAGAUCCUGAAGAAUCUGGCCUUAACACCAGAGGUUGCAGAUGGCCUCCAUCGUAUCGUAAAUGGAGAGGAAGCCGAUGUAGGAGAAUGGCCAUGGCAAGUAUCCCUCCAGUACCGUCAGUUUUCAUUCCUGCAGCACAGUCAUAUAUGUGGAGGAUCUCUAGUCAAGGCAAACUGGGUCCUGACUGCUGCCCAUUGUGUUGACGGCCUGACAAGGAGUAACUUGCGGAUUGAAGCUGGUAUCCAUAAAGUGUCAGAAAAUGGGGUUACCAAAUCCAUCACAAGAAUCAUAAUGCAUCCACAGUACUCCUCCAGCAGUCCGGGUUACCCUAACGACAUAGCCUUGUUGGAACUGGAGUCACCCUUUUCCGUAUACGGGAACAUUCAACUUGCCACACUACCUACUGAUAAAAACGAAGAUUUCACCUACAACACUGACUGCUACAUCACCGGGUGGGGGAGAACUUCAGGAGGUGGAUCCGUUUCCGACACUUUAAUGGAAGCUAAGAUGACAAACAUCCAGAAUACUGAAUGUGGAAACUACUGGUCCGGAGUCAGCGGUGCCUCUGUAUCAGAUUCUCACAUAUGUCCUUAUGAACCGAAUAAAUCCGCUUGCAAUGGAGACAGCGGUGGUCCCUACGUCUGCAACAAGAAUGGUGGUUACAUGUUGGCCGGAGUGACCUCGUGGGGAAUUAGCACAUGCGAUGGGUCGUACCCAAGUGUGUAUACCAGAGUGUCCAAGUAUCUGGACUGGAUGGCCAAUUACAUCUGAGGUCAUUAUCUUGAGUCAAGAAUAAAUUAAAAUUCGAACACAUUG